GCUGGAGGCGGCGCGGCGCGCGGUGGCGGCCGCCGUGAGGGGCACGUGCGCUGCAGCCCUGCCCCGCCUGCUGCACUGGAUGCGCAACACCAAAAAGAAAUGAUCACUGUUAAUGUCCUGGCUGGAUGCUAUAAAUUUAUUUUCUGAUAAAUGAAGUUGCACUUUGGGCAUCCACAUCUUUGGCAUCUCCAUACAGUUUGUGAUUGUAUUUUGCCAAGUUCUGAUGCAGUAUAAAGCUAUAGAAAUUCCAGAUCUUUACACAUGAUGGAAGACUACAUUACUGGUUUAAGGCAGCCGCUUAGCAACACAGCUUUGCUGUUUCGCAAUCAGUGCGCUCUUCCCACACACUGCAGUGAAAUAUGACUUUGAUGAGCUUGUGGUGAGUAACAAUGAUGUUGUGCUCAAAAAUAUCGCUGAAGAUUUGCGGAAUCAUUUACCCAUCGAGGCAAUGCUUAAUUCGGAACAUCAAGCUAUUCAGAAAGUUUUGUUCCUCUUCUCAGAUACGCCAGCAUCCACUGCCCAUGAUUCAUGUUGAUGCAUUCCUUUAUGAUGAUGAUCUCGUUGAUUCAUUGUGUGAGGAGGGGAAAAUGAGUAGGAGCUACUGCACAGAGUGUGGCUCAUACAAAACUGCUUCUUUAGAGUUUAUUUCGCAUUCCUUUUCCCUCAUGGAACUGAAGUUUCUUUAUCAACAUGUACUGCCUGACCUGACAGGAAAGGUAGUGGUUGACGUUGGCUCCAGACUUGGUGCAGUGCUAUUUGCGGGUUAUCUUUAUAGCUCAGCAUCCCAGCUGCAUGGAAUAGAAAUUAAUGGAGACUUUUGCCGAUUGCAAGAAAUGGUGAUUACAAAAUACCAGUUCGUUGACAGAAUAAAGGUGAUUCACGCAGACAUCUGUACUCAAGCUUCACUUCUUCAGAAGGCUGACGUUGUUGUAAUGAAUAAUGUCUUUGAAUAUUUUCUUGACAGACAGGAACAGGCCAGAGCUUGGGAAUUUAUUGCUUAUAAUGUAAGGAAAAGAGGGUCCUUAUUAGUGACAGUUCCAAGCCUUAAAGAAUCACUCUCAAAGCUCCAGACAGAUGUACAGCUCAGCCAAUGGGUCGAAGAGGUGCUGCUAAACUGUGAUGUGUGUAUGGAAAAGGAUGUUGACAGAGAAGCACUUGAACAAAUACAUUUAUAUAGGAUUCUCUAGUAUCUGGAAAAAAUUACUUGUAUCCUUGUAUAUCAUAUAUUUGGGAUCUAAAAUGAGUUUGGAUUGAUUUGUAUGAAUAAAUCAGGUCAAAAUUCUUAUCAUAAUUAAUCUGAGUCAUAUCUGUGGUUGGUAAUGAGUCUUUUGAAACAGGUUUUCUCAUGGAGGCACUCUGUCUCAACAGAGUACAUUGGCUUUUAACUAGGAGGUAUCUAUAUGGUUAUUUUUUUGUAGAAAUGUUAGACAGAGUGGCUACAUACUUGAUGCUAAAGGAGUUUUUGUUCACUAGGGUUUUUGUUCACUAGGGUUUUGCACUGCUAAUGUUUGCUAAAUAUACCCGACCUAAGAAUAGCAGAUCAUGAAUGUGAACGAUAAGAAUGAAAUUAACGUAAUGUUACUUAAAAGCUGCAGUACAUUCGAGUUUGCUGUUUUGUUUUGGUAUAGACCAUUUAUUAUUAUCAGUAGCAAUAUUUAUUAUUAACAGUAUUAUCUUUAAUGAUCCUCCUAUGGAAUUUGUAGGUUUUCUUUCAAGGGUCUGCUUGAUAACCAGAGCAUCUAUAGGCGUCAGUUAUGAGAAGCAGGUCCCUCCAUUUAGUUAGUUGUCCUUAAGGUGGCUAUUGUAAUGUAAAAUACUGAAAGACAUCGAGGAGCCAUUGAGAAUUAAUAGAGCAAAUCUGGGACUACAGAGCUCAGCUGCACUUCCUGCACUUCUGCUGGGGAUGGUAGGAAGUGUAAUAAGGGGUUAAGAAGCUGAAAAUUCUGAACAGGUGUCACGGCUUAGCAGAGGCUUGGUGGUGGCGUAAAACACUGAAAAUUCGUAACAGCCUCCUCAGAGAGAAAAGAUCCACAUACGCCCACCACGUUUAUAUUUAGCUUUACGUUCUAAGGAUGUGAAGUUUUUAGUCAGCUGAAAAAUGUUUCGAGUUUUAGCAAAUAUUAAGAAUCCAAGUGCAAAAAUAUUAACUUCAGGAGUUUUGGACUAUCUGUUGUGAAUUUAAAAGCGUUGUUAAAAAGUUUGCUGCACAAAUUAUGCCUGGUGCAAAUGAGAAAACUUUAAAUUGGCUUUCAGUCUUCAAGUGAUUUAUAGGUCAGUGA